ACAUGCUUCAUCUGUCGAUCUUCGAGGAUUCCCAAACCCAUGUUUAUCGAAGUUCGUGAGGUCACGGGCGUAUGGAGGGGUGUUGUGGAGUUAUGAUAUGGAGGGGUUUUGUGGAGUUAUUGUAUGGAGAGGUGUUGUGGAGUUAGGAUGAGGAGAUGGGAUGUUGUCGAUGUGAUCAACCGUGGACCUGGAUGGCCUUCUGCAAGUGAGAGCGUAGAGUAGGCAGUCUGCGCACGUUCGGGAGGUGGACGGAGUGAGUGAGGUCGACAAACGCAAGUUCGAUUGUGGAAGCCAAGCGAAAGGGUAAUGGCGGUACGCUCCGGGAACGGGCUUCAAAGGGCAUAGAGGGGGGAUGCACGACGGGUGUGCAUCCUGCGUGGCUGGGCCUCAGUCAACCAAGUCCAGCGGUAUUCGAUGGGCCGAGGAUGGUGCAUGCAGUCGGGCAGAUCGGCGGUGGCACUUGCGGAGCUGCUCGACUCAGACCCUUGACUGGAGGCUUGCUGAGCGUAUGGUGCUCCGUGGCGACGACCAGGUCGCUCAAGACCUGGAGCGCAGUGCACGAUGCCCGAGUAUGUGCCUACUGUGUGCCCAUCGUAUCCAUCGUGCACGUAACGCUGCACUGCAAUCUGCACUGGGGAGUGGACAGAUAAACCAAAAUAAAACGAACCUGCGCUGGAGGGAGAGUGGACAAAUAAACCAAAACAAAACAAAUCUGCGCUGGAGAGAGAGAGCAGAGAGAGCAAAGUGUGCCAUUCCCACAUAUGCGCAUGCCCGUUCGCUACAUCCCGCGCGCACCGUCUCGCUUCCUUUCGUGAUUGCGGCUUCAGGCAUCCCUACCGGCGAGGGCUGGGCGGCCCUGCUAGGAGGUGCUAGUCGGUGCACCGCUCCACCGGUGUCUCGAUCCUCGAGCCAUGAGGAUUGCUCGCCCUGGUCCAGCGCUCGCCGGCACUUGGUUCCCUGCGUAGGCUAACCUCGCAAACAUAAAACACGGACUUCACUAGCCGAAACCUGAUGGUGGGCGGCACUUUCGCCCCUUGCGGUGUAACGAGCUGGCCAAAUGAGUCCCCAAGAUAGCUCCCCCAGUCGUCGGUCCUGCUGGAUCGCAGCUCAAGUGGACCAGACAACGAGGUGCAUCUCACAGGAGAGUGGUCCCUUCCAAACGGGGCUGGUGGCGUCAGGGCGAUUUGCCCGGUUGCUGGUAUAAAUUAUGCUCCCCUCCCCCCG